CGUAGCUCCGAAAGAAAUUAAACAUUUGGCACAAAAUGACCGAAACGAAGGUGAAGAACACUAGUUCUGUUCCUUAUGAUGGUUACAGUAACUUGCAGAUCACGUCAGUGUGGACGUUUCUUCAGUCGGUGCAAUGGUCCGAACCGUGGCUCAUAGGCCUGCUCGUGUUCCACAUUGUAUGUUUUGGCUUCACCAUUCUCUCAUGUAAAUACUAUCGACUCCAAAUCUGUCAAUUCCUUUUAAUGGUUGCCAUGGUAUACAGUGCCGAAUAUCUAAAUGAGGUGGCAGCCAUGAAUUGGAGGUCAUUUUCAAAGUUCCAGUAUUUUGACUCCAAAGGGAUGUUCAUAUCACUGGUUUACUCAGUUCCUCUUCUAAUCAACACUAUCAUCAUUGUGAUGGUGUGGGUAUGGAGGACGUUCUCGACUAUGACAGAACUGAAGACACUUCAGCUGAAGAGGAAGGCGGCCCGAGAGAACCGCAAGAAAACAUAAUGAAUGGAACCACCUCUGCAUGGAGCUGUCACAGAUUCUGGAAUUAACUUUUCAAAGACGUUCAGUCAGCUCUCUGUCACUUAUACUGUAUUGAUUUGUGUUGACAGUGGGAACCAGAACCACAUUCACUUAUGUGGAGGUGCUCUUGGGACCAUAAGACUGGACCAGUUAGUGGACAUGGAUUCUUGAAAUAUUCAUUUGAAUAUACAUGGUGGGGUUUGUACUGUUUUUGACUAGUGGGUUGUGGUAGUGUGGCACUCCACAUUUCUUUCUCUAUAUCUAAGUGUUUUGAAAGAGUGGCAAAAUAUGGUGACCCAUUAUGAAUUGGAACAAUUUCUUUUCAGGCUGCGUAUACCUACAGAUCUUGCAUGUACAAAAUUUCUUUAGUUUAAAAUCAUGUAACUCCCCAUUCUCAUUAUGGAAGUGCAAAUGUUUUUGUAUUGAAAACACUGUGUCAGAACAGUUCACUAAACCGUGC